GAGACAGAGAAGAUGGCGGACGGUGACAGCGGCAGCGAGCGCGGCGGCGGCGGUCCCGGCGGUGGUGGCGGCGGCUUCCAGCCCGCGUCCCGCGGCGGCGGCGAGCAGGAGACCCAGGAGUUGGCCUCGAAGCGCUUGGACAUCCAGAACAAGCGCUUCUACCUGGACGUGAAGCAGAACGCCAAGGGCCGCUUCCUCAAGAUCGCCGAGGUGGGCGCCGGGGGCUCCAAGAGCCGCCUCACGCUCUCCAUGGCCGUUGCCGCCGAGUUCCGCGACUACCUUGGCGACUUCAUCGAGCACUACGCGCAGCUGGGCCCCAGCAGCCCCGAGCAGAUCGCCGCGGCGGCCAGCGCCGAGGACGGCGGGCCCCGGCGCGCCCUGAAGAGCGAGUUCCUGGUGCGGGAGAACCGCAAGUACUACCUGGACCUGAAGGAGAACCAGCGCGGCCGUUUCCUGCGCAUCCGCCAGACCAUCAACCGCAUGGGCGGCGGCGGUGGCUUCGGCGGCCCGGGGCCCGGGGCUCUGCAGAGCGGCCAGACCAUCGCCCUGCCCGCCCAGGGCCUCAUCGAGUUCCGCGACGCGCUGGCCAAGCUCAUUGACGACUACGGCGGCGACGACGAUGAGCUGGCCGGGGGCCCGGGCGGCGGAGGCGGCGGGCCCGGCGGGGGCCUGGGCGGGGAGCUCCCCGAGGGCACCUCCAUCACCGUGGACUCCAAGCGCUUCUUCUUCGACGUGGGCUGCAACAAGUACGGGGUGUUCCUGCGAGUGAGCGAGGUGAAGCCGUCCUACCGCAACGCCAUCACAGUCCCCUUCAAGGCCUGGGGCAAGUUCGGCGGUGCCUUCUGCCGCUAUGCGGAGGAGAUGAAGGAAAUUCAGGAGCGCCAGAGAGAUAAGCUGUACGAGCGGCGCGCCGGGGGCAGCGGUGCGGGCGACGAGUCUGAGGGCGAAGAGGGGGAUGAGGAUUGAGAAGGCGGUUUCACCUAAG